CUGUUUCGUUCAUCAGAAAUACUUUGGAAUUUAUUGGAAAAGUCUUCAAAAGAGGAAAUCAUACAACAGCUUAGUAACUUGGAAUGUUUGCUGGCUUUGAAGAAAGUAUUUAAAAAUCUGUUUAUGAGAGGUUUUAGUCAUUAUGAUCGUCAGCUUAGAAAUGAUAUAUUAGUGAUCACUACGAUUAUAGCUCAAAACCCUGGAGCACCAAUGAUUGAGUGUGGCUUUACCAGGGAUUUGAUACUAUUUGCAACCUUUAAUGAAGUUAAAAGUCAAAAUCCUUUGGUAAAAGGUCUUAAGCUUUCUAAUUCCUAUGAAGAUUUUGAGUUGAAGAAAUUGCUAUUCAAUAUAAUUGUGAUCUUAUGCAAAGAUUUACCUACUGUACAGCUGUUAAUUGAUGGCAAGGUGGUUUUGGCUUUGUUUACCUAUGUGAAGAGGCCUGAGAAGCACAAGAUAAUUGAAUGGUCUGUUGCCCAGCACGAGGAGCUGCAGCUGCAUGCCAUUGCCACUCUGUCCUCUGUGGCCCCUCUGCUGAUAGAGGAGUACAUGUCGUGCCAGGGCAACGCACGUGUCCUGGCAUUCCUGGAGUGGUGUGAGAGCGAAGAUCCCUUCUUUAGUCAUGGUAACAGUUUUCAUGGUACUGGUGGCCGUGGUAACAAGUUUGCCCAGAUGCGUUACAGUUUAAGACUACUGAGAGCCAUGGUCUAUCUUGAAGAUGAGACUGUAAACACAGAUCUUUGUGAGAAGGGAACAAUUCAACAACUGAUAGGAAUCUUUAAAAAUAUGAUAAGCAAGUCUAAUGAAAAGGAAGAAGCCAUUGUUUUAGAAAUACAGUCUGAUAUAUUACUUAUCUUAUCUGGUCUUUGUGAACAUCAUAUUCAAAGGAAGGAAAUUUUUGGAACUGAAGGAGUAGAUAUAAUUCUUCAUGUAAUGAAAGCAGACCCCAAGAAGUUUCAGAGUGGCUUAGGCUACAGUGUACUUCUUUUUAGUACAUUGGACAGCAUUUGGUGCUGCAUUUUGGGUUGUUAUCCCUCAGAGGAUUACUUUCUUGAAAAGGAAGGGAUUUUUCUCCUUUUGGAUAUAUUGGCAUUAAACCAAAAAAAAUUCUGUAAUCUAAUACUUGGAAUAAUGGUUGAAUUUUGUGAUAAUCCCAAAACUGCGGCUCAUGUCAAUGCUUGGCGAGGGAAAAAGGGUCAGACAGCUGCUAGCCUUUUAAUUAAAUUGUGGAGAACAGAAGAAAAAGAACUAGGAGUAAAACGUGAUAAAAAUGGGAAGAUCGUUGAUUUUGAAAAUUUACCUGGUCUAUCUGCUGAAGAUUUCAUCACCCUCUGUAUCAUACAUAGGUAUCUCGAUUUUAAAAUUGGAGAAAUAUGGAAUGAAAUAUAUGAGGAAAUAAAAUUGGAAAAGUUAAGACCAGUCUCUUCAGAUAAAAAAAUUUUGGAAUCUAUUACAACAGCAUCAGAAACCAUUGGAAAGAUGGUUGCAUCUCUGCAAAGUGAGAUGAUUGAAAGCCAAACACGCCAAGAUAUGCAAAAUGAACAAAGAGUAUACACAAAAAUACAAGGCACACACAAGCAAAGAGAACUGGCUAAUAAAUCAUGGGAAAAUUUCUUAGCUAGAACAUCAAAUGCUAAAAUAUUAAAGAAAGCAAAAAGGCUUCAGGAAAAGGCUAUAGAAUCUUCUAAAUAUAAUGAGCAACCACAAAAUGCAAUUUAUCACCGAACUGUAAUUAGAGGCCUUAACACAACGGUGCCCUCUGGUCGGGUAGUAACAGUGGAAAGUACUCCUGUCCGAUUACUGGGAGGACCUCUGGCUGAUACAGAUAUUGCUCUUAAAAAGUUGCCUAUUCGAGGAGGAGCCUUGCAGAGGGUGAAAACGGUCAAAACUGUGGAUGAGACAAAAAAGAGUAUUCCUUCCUGAUAUACUCUAUAGACUUUUUGAAAUAAAUUCUGCUUAUAAUUUUU